AUGCUUGAAGACGUUUGGCUCUCCAUGGGAGCCUUGCCCUCUCUCUUCACAUGGUCAGAGCACUCUGGACUGUCGAAGCGAUGGGGGCUACCUGGCGUGGCUGCUGAUUUUUAUGUUGUUGGGAUGAAGGAGAUUUCUUUUGUUGCCCUAAUUGGAGUGGAACACAGGAGUAUUGCUGUGGAGGUGGUUGACUCUGAACUUGAGAUUGCUGGUAGGUUUGGGAGUGGAACUGUCUUUGCUGAGAAGCAGGUUGUUGCUGCUGGGUUGUCACAGCUUGGACGUUGUUCCAUCUCCCCCUACGUCCCCUUUGGUUGCCUUGAAGUUUCUAGGGAACAAGGAGGGCCUGGAUGCUAG